UCAGGUUUUUCUAUGGUUUCCACAUCUCUCGUGCGGGCCUGAUAAAUAGCCAUAAUGUAAUACUUGCGUUCUAAUAACCUAGUGACGACCGAUUUCUAUUGGAGAGGCAGUUUCUGAAUCACAGAUUAUGCAACGUGUAUACAUUUUUCGCUUUACAGUAGACACUUGAUUGACUGUGUUGGCAUUUUUCGUGGUUAUUAGAACGCAAGUAUUACAUUAUAGCUUCAUAUCAGGCCCGCACGAGAGAUGUUUAGCAUGUCAUGUUUUAUAUGUUAAUGAAUGCAUUUAGGAACUGCGCUUGCUUUCUAGUCUUGUGUAACUGUAUUGGCCAUGUUUGGAUUUGUAUAAUUUUAGUUGAUGACAACAUUCAAAAUUACAAGUGGGAUAUUCCUUUGACAUAGAUGCAUUUGUAAUUUUUCUAUAAAAAAAUGUACUCCAUGUUUAUGUUUGAUAUGUUGUUUAUGUUAUGAUGGCGAGAUAUCACAUACUUUUCGAUCAACCAAGCUGCAGUUUGCCACAUAAUGUUGUAGACAUAUUGACAUUUUUGGGAUGAAAAUGUUACCAUUCUCCAUGAAGUUUGUAUUUAAAUGGAGUAAAACAGAUAAUCCCAAAAUGAUAACUUUUCAAGCAUCAGAAUAUAGUAGAGAGACCCAAGGAAAUACAGUACAGUUGUCAAAUAACUGGUGUUUAGCUACAAUUUGUAUCUGAUGAAAUAGACCACUGCAAAAUCAGCCUACCUAAAGUUCAGUGACAUGGGUUCCUUCAGGGGGAUGGCUCAUAGUGCCAUAGGCCAGCGUCUGGUCGCCUGCCUCCUCAAUGUCUCAGAAGCCCGCAGGAAGGAAUUGGUGGAAACAGUGGCCAUGGCAGCUGUAUUUGACAGUAAUGGCGGACGGCGAGAAGGGACAACAGUGCUCAACAUCUUUAAUGAUCAAGACUACAACCGGUCUGUCAUCACCAUCGUGGCCAGUAUUGACUGCAUUAAGGAGGCAGUGCUGUCUGCAUGUGAGCAGGCCUGUCGACUGAUUGACAUGAGUGUCUAUGCAGGCGGCCACCCAACGAUGGGCGCUGUGGACCUGGUGCCCCUCUACCCUCUGGGAGAGGAGGUGGGACUGGGGGACUGUGCCAAGGAAGCUAGAGCGGUGGCUGCUGGGCUGACUGAACGGGUCAGUGGCACCAGUGCUUUCUUCUUUGGUUGGGCAGACUCACCCCAGCACCGAGGCCUGGCGCAGAGACGCAAGGAGAUGGGCUGGUUCAGGAAGAAUCCAGACACAGGAGCCAGCCGACCAGACGUGGGGCCCCUGCCACAGAAACGAUAUGGCCUCACAGGUGUCGGAGCUAGUCCCUACGUCAUGAACUGCAACGUCACCAUCGACACCCAGGACCUGGCUCUGGGGCGCAGCAUCGCCAUGUCGAUUAGGGAGUCUACUCCUGGGGGAAUACCGGGGGUGCAAGUGCUGGCCCUGCCACACGAGGGUGCCGUGGAGAUAGCCUGCAAUGUGGAGAGCAUGAAGGGGAACCCUCCUAGCCAGGUUGGGGAGAGGGGCGAGCUGUGGCCCACCUUCAGUAUUGGUGGGCAGCCAUACUGCCACGCCCCAGCAUCUCUUAUCACAGCCAGGGUGGCAGAGCUGGCAGGACGGCAGGGGGUGGCCACUAAGGGCACGGCGCUGGUGGGGUUCACGCCCUAUGAGUGCAGAGGCCUGGCAGAGAAAGCUUUGUCAUUGGGCAUCGCUGAGUUCUGGAAAGAACUGCGCAGGUUACACAUGUAACCUUCCAAACUUUACUACAAAACCUCAACGUUUUGUAUUAUUCAGGUUGAUUGAACGAAGAAUGUAAAAGGACAUGCAAGCUGUUAUCAGCAAGGUUUAAAGCAUAUGAAUUGCACAAAUGCACAACUAUUACACAACAGUUUUGAAUCUGUGGGCUCUGGAUUUGAUGUAGCACAUUUGAACAAGGAUAUUGUACAGAGCAUCUCAUUUAGUGUGGUGAUCAUGGUUGAAAACUUCAACGCCAUAGACCUUAACUGUGAUCAUCUUAAUAUAAGUACUCAUCAAGACACAAAGUGACAAAUUACCAAUUUAGAGUUGAGGUAAUACUUUUUUGUAAAUCAUUUAACGAUGUCAGUGGGAUACUUACACAAUUAAUUUUGUUAAGCGUGCAUAUCUCAAGUCAGAGUAACACUGAAAGUGCAGCAAAAUGUUGCAAUUUAUUGUUCUAUUAACAGGUUAAUCCUUCUUUAUUUGACUUUAAAGAAUAAACAUGACUUUACUAUAA